AUGGAUCAGAACAGCAACCCCCGAAGUCCUGCUCGAAAGGAUUCCCGAGCCAGUCUUCGACCGGAGAUAACCCAUCGGGAGAAGCCCACCUCCAGCAAUCCCAUUGAUAGGAUCAAGGCCGCGGAGGGUAUCGCCCCCAGCAAUGCAGGCGCAAGGACUCCCAGGUCCAAUAUGAACGCGGAGUCUUCCCAGCGUCGGAGCUCAACCUCUCAUGGGGGCAACACCCAGCCAAGUACCCCUACAUCCGAGAGGGAUAAUACUCGCCGGCGACGCAGAGUGAGCUUCAGCGCUGACACGAGGGACAACGAGCCGAUCACGUCUCCGAAGCCAGAUGACUAUUUCGAGCAAACCUAUACCAGGGACAUUCCAGGCGGCAGGGAGCAUGUGCACAUAUCCACGAGAACUUCAACCCUGCCACCGCAGAGAAGCUCGUCGAGUAGGGUGGAGGCUGAUGAACUUCAGAAUAUCGCAUCGAGCUUGAAGAGAGCUAGUAUUGCGAUCAACCGGAUGCAAGCGCAUACGAUAGACAGAGAUGCUCAGCCCAAACCCACUUUGAGAAGGAGAGGUUCUAUGAGAGAUAUCAAUCGUGAGAGGAGCCAGGCGGCGCCCAGUUCGCCCGCUGAGAGGAGCGUCCACGAGCGUCGGAUGGAGAAUCGUCACAAGGAGCAGGGACAGCCCGCGUCGUCCUCGCCAGCUGAAAGGACCCACGAGCGCCGGAUUGACAACCCGAAAGCUUGCUUCAGUGAGCUUUCAAAGCAUAUGGCCGCUCUGGAGCGCAGCGUUGGUGACACCUCAGAAAAGACCCGGACCUUGGCAACUCAAUUGCAGGUCUGGGCUGCUAUUGGGCCUCGAGUCCAAGUCGGGGCGGAUCAGGUAGCUGCGCUGGAGAGGGAGCGACAGAAGCUUCUGGAAAUGCAGAAGGAGCUGCAGAAAUUCAACGACUCCAUCCAGCAGUACAGUUCUCACCUUAGUGAGUAUACUUCGGUAAUCCGUGCGACUGCGCGGGGGCCGUCUAAGGAGAGAGAGAGUAGCUCUCAGGAUAGGCGGCAGGGUACUCCUUAUCCUAGGGAGAAAGGUGGUUCUUCCUCUCGGGAGAAGGGUCAUUGA